GGGACGCCCCGUCCGGGAGCAUCCCAGACCCAGUGCGUUCCUCCCCGCGGUACACCCCACCCGGUGCCUCACGCCUCCGCGCCCAUGCAUCCCGGCUCCAAGUCCCCGGCCCCUGCAUCCCAGCCUGGGCAUCGCUGUCCUGGGAGCAUCCUCCGCUGCCCUCCUUGCCUCACCCCGUCAGGACCUUCCCGUCCCUGAGCAGCCUGUCCCGCUCUUUGGUGACAGGUGCAGUUCCCUUGCGCUCCCUGGGGCUGACUCUCAGCGUCCCUGGCCCACCCCUCGGCAAAGCGUCCAGUCUCCCCUCCUGAGAGUCCCUGCUUCCCCGCCGGGCGGGGCCAGGCGCGGCCCGCCCCGCCGGGCGAAGGGAGCUGCCCCUGGUCCUGACCGCUGCUUGCCAACACCCUCCUUCCUCCCGGCCCCGCCCCGGAACUGGCCCUGAAGAAACCCUAGGAGUGGGCAGCGCCCAGGCCAGUGGGGCAAAGAAGGGAGUCAGGGAUGAGGCCCCGCAUUGGAGCUAAAACCAAGAGCAGGGUCUCUGCGGCUCGCCUCCCACAGCCCUCGCCCCAGCCUGCUCCCUUCGCACUACCCACCACCCAUACCUAAAGGCUUCCUGUUUGCGUGCUUCUCAGACCUGGCCCAAGCCAAGGCCCGGCCCCCCCAGCACCGCCACGACCCUGACCCCCAGAGGCGGGAGCACAGGCUAGCCCACGCAGAGAGCAGGAAGCUCAAGGAUACUCGCAGGCAUGCUGCACUGUGGCGAUUUCCCACACCUCCACACACACAAGCAGGAUCAUGGGACGAGUGUAAACACAUCUUUACAGAAACCGCACCCCCCCACACACACACACACAAUAUCUGGAUGAUUCUACCAGCAGAUGGGUAUGGGGUUCAUUUAAACACUAACUCCUUCCCGCCCCCUCACCCCCACCCGCACCCCAACACACACAUACAGGAACGCCUGGCUCUGUGCCCCUUUCAGCAGACUCAUUCACACCAGCCAUCCCCACAACGCCACACUCGGGCUCCCUGACAUCUUCAAGAGGCACGCACACACUCGUAGUAAAGGCAGACACUCACACCCAGACCACCUAGAAUACAGGCAGAGGGACACCCCCACACCCCCACACACUGACUCACUGUGUAUGUGGUGAUGGCUGUUGUAGUGCACGGGUUGGAAAAAUCCUUCACACCCUCAGAAGUGUAAGACUCACCCUCCCACAGACAGUCAGCAACUGUCCCCUGACUCAGGGACAUCAGGAGCCAGAGUUUUCUCCACACCCCACUCCCUCUCUAAUAGUAAAAAUCAAAAAGACAGAAAAAAAGUCACCCAAGAAGGAAAGGUUUCUCUCCCUGUCCUUCUUUGUUUCUCUCCUCCCAUCUGCCCCUGCCCUGGGGAGGCGGGCUGGCCAGGGUAAGGGGAGCUCUGAGCAGCCCCCCACCCACCUUCAGACAGCAUCCGGAGGUGCCUGAGCCAAGGAGCUGUGCUCCAACAACAUCGUGUGAAGUUGGAGACAAAGCCCAAGAAGUUUGAGGACCGAGUGCUGGCCCUGACCUCCUGGCGCCUCCACCUCUUCCCCCUUAAAGUCCCAGCCAAGGUGGAAAGCUCCUUCAAUGUCCUGGAGAUCCGUGCCUUCAACACGCUCAGUCAGAACCAGAUCCUGGUGGAGACAGAGCGUGGCAUGGUGUUUGAUCCGGCGUGGAAACGCAGACACCCCAGAGGGGCCCCGAGACACAUCCCCCAACUCUGAAACUUCCACAUCUACUACUCACAGUGUCUGCGGUGGCUUCUCUGAGACCUAUGCUGCCCUAUGUGACUACAAUGGCCUACACUGCCGUGAGGAGGUGCAAUGGGAUGUGGACACCAUCUACCAUGCUGAGGAUAACCGGGAGUUCAAUCUUCUGGAUUUUAGCCACUUGGAGAGCAGAGACUUGGCCCUAAUGGUCGCAGCCCUGGCCUACAACCAGUGGUUCACCAAACUCUACUGCAAAGACCUGCGGCUGGGCUCUGAAGUGCUAGAACAGGUGCUACACACCCUGAGCAAGUCGGGGAGCCUUGAAGAGCUGGUGCUGGACAACGCUGGGCUUAAGACGGACUUUGUCCAGAAGCUGGCCGGGGUGUUUGGGGAGAACGGGAGCUGUGUGCUGCAUGCCCUCACUCUGUCCCACAACCCCAUCGAGGACAAGGGUUUCCUCAGUCUGAGCCAACAGCUCCUCUGCUUCCCCACUGGCCUCACCAAACUGUGCCUGGCCAAGACUGCCAUUUCCCCUCGAGGGCUCCAGGCACUCGGCCAGACCUUCGGGGCCAACCCGGCCUUUGCCAGCUCCCUGCGAUACCUGGACCUGAGCAAGAACCCUGGGCUGCUCGCCACGGACGAGGCCAAUGCCCUCUACAGCUUCCUGGCCCAGCCCAACGCCCUGGUGCACUUGGACCUGUCCGGGACUGACUGCGCCAUCGACUCGCUUCUGGGUGCCCUGCUCCACGGCUGCUGCUCCCACCUCACCUACCUCAACCUGGCUCGCAACAGCUGCUCCCACAGGAAGUGCCGAGAGGGCCCCCCGGCCUUCAAGCAGUUCUUCAGCAGCGCCUACACGCUGAGCCACGUCAACCUGUCGGCCACGAAGCUGCCCCUGGAGGCCCUCAGGGCACUGCUUCAGGGCCUCUCCCUCAACAGCCACCUCAGUGACCUGCACCUGGACCUCAGCAGCUGUGAGCUCCGCUCAGCAGGAGCCCAGGCCUUGCAGGAGCAGCUGGGGGCUGUCACCUGUGUAGGCAGCCUGGAUCUGUCAGACAAUGGCUUUGACUCGGACCUCCUGACACUGGUGCCUGCACUUGGCAAGAACAAGUCCCUCAAGCACCUUUUCCUGGGCAAGAACUUCAAUGUCAAGGCCAAGACCCUGGAGGAGAUCCUCCACAAGCUGGUGCAGCUGAUCCAGGAGGAGGACUGUUCCCUGCAGUCCCUGUCAGUGGCAGACUCCCGGCUGAAGCUUCGUACCAGCAUCCUCAUCAAUGCCUUGGGCAGCAACACCUGCCUGGCCAAGGUGGAUCUGAGUGGCAAUGGCAUGGAGGACAUAGGGGCCAAGAUGCUGUCUAAAGCCCUGCAGAUCAACUCCUCCCUCAGAACUAUCCUGUGGGAUCGGAAUAAUACAUCUGCCCUGGGCUUCCUGGACAUCGCAAGGGCCCUGGAGAGCAACCACACGCUGCGCUUCAUGUCCUUUCCUGUGAGCGACAUCUCUCAAGCCUACCGCAGUGCCCCGGAGCGCACCGAGGAUGUCUGGCAGAAGAUCCAGUGGUGCCUCGUGAGGAACAACCACUCCCAGACGUGCCCCCAGGAGCAGGCCUUCAGGCUGCAGCAGGGCCUGGUGACCAGCAGCGCCGAGCAAAUGCUGCAGCGGUUAUGUGGACGAGUGCAGGAGGAGGUGCGGGCCCUGCGGCUGUGCCCCCUGGAGCCCGUGCAGGAUGAGCUGCUCUAUGCUCGGGACCUCAUCAAGGAUGCCAAGAACUCCCGGGCGCUGUUUCCCAGCCUCUACGAGCUGGGCCACGUGCUAGCCAGUGACGGGCCUGUGCGGCAGAGGCUAGAAUCAGUAGCCAGUGAGGUGUCCAAGGCCGUGGACAAGGAGCUGCAGGUGAUCCUGGAGUCCAUGGUCAGCCUAACACAGGAGUUAUGCCCUGUGGCCAUGCGGGUGGCUGAGGGGCACAACAAGAUGCUGAGCAAUGUGGCGGAGCGUGUCACUGUGCCCCGGAAUUUCAUCCGAGGGGCAUUGCUGGAGCAGGCGGGACAGGACAUUCAGAACAAGCUGGAUGAAGUGAAGCUCUCGGUCGUCACCUAUCUGACCAACUCCAUAGUGGACGAGAUCCUGCAGGAGCUAUACCACUCCCACAAGAGCCUGGCCCGGCACCUGACCCAGCUAAGGACACUGUCAGAUCCACCAGGGGGGCCAGGCCAAGGACAGGACCCGUCCUCUCGGGGCCGAGGCCGGAACCAUGAGCACGAGGAGACCACAGAUGAUGAACUUGGGACCAACAUUGACACUAUGGCCAUCAAAAAGCAGAAACGCUGCCGCAAGAUCCGGCCAGUAUCUGCCUUCAUCAGUGGGAGCCCUCAGGACAUGGAAAGCCAACUGGGGAGCCUGGGCAUCCCCCCUGGCUGGUUCUCAGGACUCGGGGGCAGCCAGCCAACCACUAGUGGCUCCUGGGAAGGUCUAUCCGAGCUGCCCACUCAUGGCUAUAAACUAAGGCAUCAAACACAAGGGAGGCCCCGGCCUCCCAGGACAACCCCUCCAGGACCUGGUCGGCCCAGCCAGGUACCAGUACCUGGGACUCGUCAGGAGAAUGGGAUGGCCACCCGCCUGGAUGAGGGGCUGGAGGACUUCUUCAGCCGAAGGGUCAUGGAUGAAAGUUCCAGCUACCCCCGGACUCUGAGGACCGUGCGGCCAGGCCUCUCGGAGCCGCCGCUGCCUCCGCUCCAGAAGAAGAGGCGUCGAGGCCUGUUUCACUUUCGCCGGCCCCGGAGCUUCAAGGGGGACAGGGGGCCUGGGUCCCCUACAGCUGGACUCCUCCUCCCUCCACCCCCACCCCCACCCCCGACUCAGGAGAGCCCCCCCAGCCCAGACCCCCCAAGCCUUGGCAAUAACUCCUCUCCCUGCUGGAGCCCAGAGGAGGAGAACAGCCUCCUCCCUGGAUUUGGGGGGAGCCGAGGGCCUUCCUUCCGCAGGAAGAUGGGCACCGAGGGACCAGAGCCAGGGGAAGGGGGCCCAGCCCCUGGGACAGCACAGCAGCCAAGGGCACACGGAGUUGCCCUUCCUGGGUUGGAAAGAGCCAAAGGUUGGAGCUUCGAUGGGAAACGAGAGGGCACAGGCCCAGACCUGGAGGGCAGCACCCAGGCUUGGCAGAAACGGCGCUCUUCGGAUGACGCAGGGCCUGGAGCCUGGAAGCCCCCCCCACCACCCCAAAGCACCAAGCCGAGCUUCAGCGCCAUGCGCCGAGCGGAGGCCACGUGGCACAUAGCUUCUCCUCUCUGCCAUCCCUCAGCUGAGGAGAGUGCCCCCAACCACAGCUGCCAGAGCCCCAGCCCAGCCUCCCAAGACGGGGAGGAGGAGAAGGAGGGGGCCCUAUUCCCAGAGAGGACAGUUCCAGCUAGGAACGCCAAGCUGCAGGACCCCCCUUUAGCUCCACGGCCCCCCAAGCCAGUGGCUGUACCCAGGGGCCGCCGGCCCCCCCAGGAGCCAGGGGGCAGGGAGGAGGUGGAAGCUGCUGGUGCAAUCCCAGGAGUCAACAAACCCCGGCUGCGGCUGGGCUCACAGCAAGACCAAGAGGAGCCUGAGGUCCAAGGGCCUCCUGAUCCAGGUCGCCGGACUGCCCCCCUGAAGCCCAAGAGGACACGGCGGGCACAGUCCUGCGACAAGCUGGAACCUGAUAGAAGAAGGCCCCCUGACCCCACAGGUGCUGGAACCAGUGAGCCAGGAACAGACUGACAGCUGCCACAACACCCUUCCCAGCCCUCCUCUCGACAUGUGCCUCACAAGGACUCAGACCCCCAUCUACCCUGGCUCCCCCAGGCCCCCUGCCAGGCCCUGUCCUACUGGGUAGGAUAGCAGGACCAAGUGUUGGGGAGCAGGAGGCAGGGGGCCAGGAGGGAGGAGAAAGGGAGGCUCUCAAUGCCUCACCCUGCGAUAGCUUUGGGGUGGAGGUCUGUCUCCUCCCCUGAGAGGGCAGAUCUCUGUCCCUCUAUCCCCAGGGGCUCCCUCCCCACUUGUAUAGAAUAAAAAAAACAAAAUCA